AUGUCGCUUCUCACUGGGCCACGAACCGGUCGUUGGACAGAUGAGAGCAACCAUCAUCAUAUUCAGUGGUUACAAAGCGACAACCAAGCCCAAUGGCUCAAAGUCGCUGUGGCCAUCUGCCUUACGCUUAGCACACCUUACAUAUUUCGAAUAUUCGUUAGCAGUUUCCUGGGCUUUGCAAGAUGGAUCUCUUCCGGAAGGGAAACGUCAAAUCCGCCUCGAGACGAAGAGGUACAGCCUUUGACACCUACAAGGCUCAUGAACGACGCGAAAACCGGACGGCAGAUGCUACGACGCUUCUAUGACGCCUUCCGCCAGAAAGAAUCAAAACUCGAGAUUCGACACCAGUUCUUCUAUUUCUUCGUCCUCAGCACUUUGUGUUUUGCUUUCUUCUCCCAGAUUAUCGCAAGCUCCAUCCUCACGGAUAAGAUGACGACAAAUCGCAUGGGCCUACUAGCAUCAGAGACUUGUGGUCUCUACGAGUAUGACAAUGAAAGAUGGGGCGAGGAGCAGGCCUCUCGUGUUGAUAGCCUGAUGGUAAAGAGAGAAAAUCGAGCAGCGAUCUAUGCUCAAGAAUGCUAUGAUUGGGGCAAUGAUAAAAAGGGCAAGGCUAUGACGUGCGACUUCUUCUACAACUCGACCCUGCGGUACAAUGUCAGUCCGUCAUCUUGUCCGUUUGAUGACAACGAAAUAUGUCGCUUCGGCGCAUUACCUGGUAAAGCAGUCACGUUCGAUACGGGCUACUUAGACUCCAGUCUCUUAGGUAUCAACGCCAACCCCACUUACACUUUUCGGCGCACAACGACAUGCGCUCCAUUAAGUGACCAACCGCCUUACGUGCAGCAUUUCUACAAUAGUCCGGUCGAUCGUGGAUAUCUAUACCAAUAUGGUAAACUCUACAAUGUUGAUGACAAGUGUGAGGGAACGCCGGAGUUGUUGACGGACUAUACUAUGCGAAUUGUGGGCCACCCUUUCGAAUGGCUGGCGCCAGUUUAUCGCUUGAAUACAUUCGCUACAUCUCUGGGUAUACCUAGCUGCGACUUUUAUCAGCCUCAUAGGAGUCUCAAAGCACCCGGACUUGAUACUCAAUCAAGGACCAAGACACUCACGAUCGUCUUCAUCACAGCUCUGCACAUUGUUUAUACCCAAAAGAGCAUCGACCCUAUCUUUCCAGCCGACGACCCAUACAAGUUCCAAGAUGGCACCGUCGAGUACUACAAGAACUCAAGCCCGAAAUCACGGGCAUUUGCAUGCAUAGACGAAACCCAAUUCUGCGACCCAACAAACACAUACUGCUGGCAUGAAUAUGAAAAGAUACCAGACCAAGUAUCACACAUUGCCGAAGAUCCAGCGUAUUGGUUCAUGGUAAAUGCACUUAAGAAGUCCAACACUUACGAUUCCAUCAAACUACGACUCGGGAGCAGUCUCCUGGCGCAGCAGCGUGUUGGUGAAGCCAGGUCACAGGCGUUAGCCAAUAACCACUGGGAGCUCGAAGCGGAACAUAUGUUCAAGACAUCUUUGGCGAGAGCUCAGUUCGACGCAUGGAGUCUAGCGAGUGGAGAAGAUCAUGAUCAAGACACUUACAAGAACACUGUCGAUGAAUUCGCGGAGGAUAUGUGCGGUCUCUUCAAAUUUCGUGCCGCUGGACACGUAAACAUACGCUUGUGGCCAUUUUGGUUAUUGUGCUCUGUAUUGCCGAUCACUUUCCUCUUGAGUGUAGAGCUCAAGACUUACGGGCAGAUAUGGCACAGCGCUAUCAGUUCAGCGAGAGAGAUACUCCCAAAGAGGAGCAAUGGCUCAACAAGUGGUUCUGCGACAGGUGCUCUUGUUGCAAGCGACGACAUCAAUGAAGAUGCAUUCGUGGUGGGAUCGGCGACAUCUACUCGUCGCAGCUCAGAUACACCAGCAGCUUCUGCCGUCACACCCACGGGGCAAAAUGAUCUAACAGACGCAAGCGCAUCUGCUGAUGGUUUGGAGAUAUCCUCGGAAGCCGCAAACAACCAUCCAACACAAGAGUCGAUGCCACCUGCCAGCACGACAACACCACUUGUUGCUCCAACGCACAAGUCGCGCGAUUAUGGGACAUCCAGCGCCGCCCAUAGUAUGCACGGUAGUCGGAGCUCUGUACAUACCCAUCGCUCUGGCUCCGUGUUGAAUAGGGAGGUUCAGUCUCUUGCGAGCGGUGAAGAAGGUAGUCGAUCAAGCGAGCGGAACGAUCAGGAAUGGUCACCAUUGCUCAUACAUGGUCCCGUUCUCAUGGUAGCACAUGUAACGCAAGCUGUUGGGAAGAAGAGGACGGAGUAG